UGAAAAUCGUUCCUUCUUUUAUUUAGUUUAAACAAAUUUAAUUCUUAAAAUGCACAAAAUUCAAGCAAUGUUGUUGGGUGCAUUGUUGUGUUCCGGUGUUCUGUUGAAUGUUGCAUGGGCGCAAAAGGAGUUGCGGCGUGACGAUACUUAUCCACCACCAGCACUAAUGAAGGCACUACGGCCAAUUCACGACUCAUGUGUUGCCAAGACCGGUGUUACAGAAGAGGCCAUAAAGGAAUUCAGUGAUGGUGAGGUACAUGAGGACGAGGCGCUCAAGUGUUACAUGUAUUGUGUAUUCGAGGAAACCGAUGUAUUGCAUGAUGAUGGUGAAGUGCAUUUGGAGAAGAUAUUGGAUAGUUUGCCAAAAUCGAUGCAUGAUAUAGCUUUACAUAUGGGCAAGAAAUGUCUUUAUCCCAAAGGUGAUACGAAAUGUGAGCGCGCAUUUUGGUUGCAUCGUUGCUGGAAGGAAUCGGAUCCAAAGCACUAUUUCCUCAUAUAAAAAUUGGUGGGCUUCUAAAUCGUGAUUAUGCACCACUACACCACGUUCUUUGCUUAAUCUACAUAUGUGUAUAUGUAUGUAUGCGCAAUGCAUACAAACCAGCAUUAAGUUUUAAUUGUAGUAUUUUUGAUUUGUUAUGAUUUACAAAUAUAGCCUUGACGAACAUUCCAAAAAUCAGAAAUUUGUAUCAUUA